AUGGCCAGCACCUUCCGCAAGCUCGACUUUGCCUUCUGCAUGCGCUACCACGCGCACAUGAUGGCGGUGGUCUACCAGAUCCCGUUCAUCUCCUUCAGCAUGACCGUCAAGACCGAGCAGCUCAUGACCGAUAUCGGACGGCUGGAUGCGCUCUACAAGAUGCCAAUCGACGCCCAGCGCAAGCCAACGGGUAUCGAUGUGGACGCUGUGCUGGACAUGUUUGACCAGGUCGGCUAUAUGAAGCCACCAGUCGAAUACAAGGACUAUCCGCUCACAUCCUACCAGUCGUUCCUGGAGUCGGUCGUCGGUGCCCCGCGCGCGGGAGGUGUGCAUGAUGCCAGGGACAUUUGCACCCCCAAAGAUGUGAUGCAGCGAGUAGCGGGUGUCUUUGCCGUGUUCUUCCCCAAGCACCCGAUCACUCUUGUGACUCUCAAUGCACCUGGUGUUGUAGCCAAGCUCAUCGGGGGAGAUAUGAGUGUAAGUGUGUCGUUUUUGACUCAAAAUAUCCUCUAUGUGAUCACAGGACAACCCCACACGGAAUACCAAUACGGAAUGGAGCAAAAGAUGACAAGCUCAACUGUGAACAUUGUUUCUGAGAUUGACUGGGUGCUCAAGGACUGGCAAAGCAAGCUGAAGCCCAAGUCAUGGCCUAAUGAUGAUGAACAUACCGGACCGCACGAUACUCCCAACCCUGUCCACCCCAAUGGUGUGCCGACAUUCAAGCGAGUCGUCCCAUUGAGCCCGUCGCCAAAUCCACACCGGGCCGGAUGGAAAUAUGCCAUGGAGAGCAUCGAGUGUUAUAAUGAUGAUGUCAACGGGGCCGUUUUGUUUGACGACUAUAUUGACCGCAGCUUCCACUGGUGCUAUGACCUCUUUGAGAGCACCGGUACGAUUCCGUAUCGUCGCAAGUGGUUUGGCUUCAUCCACCACACACUCAACACAGGCACAUCGCCCAACAACGUGGGUGCCCUGUUCGAGAAGCCGUUAUUCCUCCAGAGUCUGGAUACCUGCAUGCUCCUGAUUACCAUGUCCAGUGCACUCAAGGCCGAUGUGAUCAAGCUGCUCGCAGAACACAACAAGUCCCACGUCAAGGUCAUAAACAUGAUCCACCCGACGCUGAUGCAAGGUGUUCCAUUGUUCAAUCUCGAGCACUACUACCAAAACGAGGGUGUUGUCAAUGUGGGCGCCUGGCUGCGCAACCCAUUCAGCAUCUACACCCUCCAGCUCAAUCCCGGGGUGAGCAAGUAUGCCCUGCGUGGCCAGAGCAUGGACGACAACUUUGCACCCGAGGAUUUCGUUGUAAGCGGCAUGUCGAUCAGCCGGGGCGUCUAUACCUGCUACUCGGUGAGCGAUGGUAGUAUUGUGGAGCUGAACAGCAGCAACAGAGACGUUUGCUUCCAGAACAUGUGCCGCAACAACAAGCAAACCUUCAUACAGAGCUCCCUAGAGUCGCUGAUCGCACAGGUCCAUAGCGUCCAAGUGAUCGAGCACCAGAACGACGAGGCCUACGACCGGCUGCUGACGGCAAAGGUGGUGUUCCUGGACCUCAUCGAUGCGGCCGCCGUCAACACCGUGGUGGAGUGCAUCGUCCGCAACACCCCGAUCAUCGUCAACCGCCUGCCCGCUCUGGAGGAGUAUCUCGGGCAAGAUUACCCGCUGUUCUACUACGACCUGUCGGAGGUCAACAAUCUGCUGACCCGGAUCCCUGACGCCCACCAAUACCUCGUGUCCAAGUCCAAGGCGGAGUUCCAUGUCGACACCUUCCGCGCCCGCUUCGCAGAGGUCCUCAAGGCCCUGGCAGGAGCGAGCAUCCUCAAGCUGGAUCCCGCCUCUCUUGCCGACCGACUCUCCUCUCUGUCCCUGGAGCCUGCCCCUGCCAUGAGCAACCCCCGCCCACUUCCGGAAGCCUUCCUCAAGACCUUCCGUGCCCCAGUGUUUACUGGGAAGAGCCGCUCCUCCUCGGUGGAGGACUGGCUGCAGCAACUCGAGGACUACCUCGAUGCUGCCCAAGUCGCCCCCACCCACCACAUCGUCGCCGCCAAGCUCUGCUUAAAGGACCAGGCGUACCGUUGGUACCGCCGCCAAGGGUUCGACGAGCAGAGCGAAGGUGUGUUUGACGACUUCAAGGACCGCCUCCGUCGCCGCUUCGGCAGCCCCAAUGCUGAACUCAUUGCCCGUGACAAGCUAUACUCUCUCGUGCAGCGUGGUUCUGUGACCCGCUACAUCGAGGAGUUUGAAGACCUCUCCUCCCAGAUUGAGGAGCUGGGCUCUGCUGAUGCGAUGUACCUCUUCCAGAAGGGCCUCAAGCCCAAGAUCAGAGAGUACAUCGCCAGCAACCCUGAUGCCCGCAAGUCCCUGGACGUGAUGAUGGACGUUGCCGAGAACCUCGACAACGUCCAGUACCAUGGCCGCCAGUUCUACCCGCAGCUGGCAGGCGGCCAUCGGUCUCAUCACGUCCCAGCCCGUCCGCCUCGCCCGGCCCCGCCCGCAAGACCCAUGCCUGAGCCCAUGGACGUUGACGUCAACGCCAUGGAGGCUCGUGGCCCUCCCCGCUCCCGGUUCCAGCAAGCUGCCACUGUCUCCCCCAAGGACAGACAGAAGCAGGAGGACCUCCGCCAUGGUUCCUGCUUCUUCUGUCACCGACCGGGACACCAGGCCAAGGAGUGCCCCAUGAAGUCGGGAAACGGCCGACCCUACUAG